AUUUGAGCGAACAGAUGAUCAUGAAGACAAAGAUAAUCCUCUUUACGACGCUAUUGUGGUUAUCCAUCCAAGGUGAAAUUAUAGGAGAGGUAGAUGGUGAAAUAACACCUGUUUCCGUGUCUAUGACUAAAGAAGUUGACUCACGUUAUGUGGCAAGUAAAGCUACAGACAGGAAUACAGAAACUCAAGCUUAUUCACCAGGAAAUGACUCCUGGCUUAAAGCUAGGUUAGACAAGCAAUAUUGUGUAGAGGAGGUACGUCAUUGGAUUCAUCAUGCUCUUCAAACACACACAUGCUCGAGGGACGCGUGUACCUGCAGUGGUAGUUACUGCUCCGCUUGGCCCGUGUCAGUGUACUCUGAGGAUGGAACAGACCCGGACAAUGCUCCUUCUGAUUGCAUGAUAGGAGACACUGUUAAAUUUGAUGGGAGUGUUAUAAAGUAUACUUGGGUAUCUGAACUAGUUAUCAUUGGGAGAGAAGUGAUUGUAGCAUCUGAUAGUGAUUGUAGCACGCCCAUCAUUGAAAAAGGCACGGUAACACCGGAUUCGGAAAUAAGUUCUGGCGCCUCAUACAACGUGGCCUGCGACAGCGGGUUCGUGAUCUCUGGACAAAAUACCAUCACCUGCACCAACAGCGAGCUUUCUAUAUCCCCAAAGUGUCUACCAGCACCUGAUUGUAGCACGCCCAUCAUUGAAAAAGGCACGGUAACACCGGAUUCGAAAAUAAGUUCUGGCGCCUCAUACAACGUGGCCUGCGACAGUGGGUUCGUGAUCUCUGGAUCGACAACAGUCACCUGUAUAAACGGCGAACUUUCCGUAUCUCCAACUUGUGUACCAGAAGUGAUUGUAGCACCUGAUAGUGAUUGUAGCACGCCCAUCAUUGAAAAAGGCACGGUAACACCGGAUUCGGAAAUAAGUUCUGGCGCCUCAUACAACGUGGCCUGCGACAGCGGGUUCGUGAUCUCUGGACAAAAUACCAUCACCUGCACCAACAGCGAGCUUUCUAAAUCCCCAAAGUGUCUACCAGCACCUGAUUGUAGCACGCCCAUCAUUGAAAAAGGCACGGUAACACCGGAUUCGAAAAUAAGUUCUGGCGCCUCAUACAACGUGGCCUGCGACAGCGGGUUCGUGAUCUCUGGAUCGACAACAGUCAACUGUAUGAACGGCAAGCUUUCCGUAUCUCCAACUUGUGUACCAGGUGAAAUUAUAGGAGAGGUAGAUGGUGAAAUAACACCUGUUUCCGUAUCUAUGACUAAAGAGGUUGACUCACGUUAUGUGGCAAGUAAAGCUACAGACAGGAAAACAGAAACUCAAGCUUAUUCACCAGGAAAUGACUCCUGGCUUAAAGCUAGGUUAGACAAGCAAUAUUGUGUAGAGGAGGUACGUCAUUGGAUUUAUAGUACUCUUCAAACACACACAUGCUCGAGGGACGUGUGUACCUGCAGUGGUAGUUACUGCUCCGCUUGGCCCGUGUCAGUGUACUCUGAGGAUGGAACAGACCCGGACAAUGCUCCUUCUGAUUGCAUGAUAGGAGACACUGUUAAAUUUGAUGGCAGUGUUGUAAAGUAUACUUGGGUAUCUGAACUAGUCAUCAUUGGGAGAGAAGUGAUUGUAGCAUCUGAUAGUGAUUGUAGCACGCCCAUCAUUGAAAAAGGCACGCUAACACCAGAUUCGGAAAUAAGUUCUGGGGCCUCAUACAACGUGGCCUGCGACAGCGGGUUCGUGAUCUCUGGACAAAAUACCAUCACCUGCACCAACAGCGAGCUUUCUAUAUCCCCAAAGUGUCUACCAGCACCUGAUUGUAGCACGCCCAUCAUUGAAAAAGGCACGGUAACACCGGAUUCGAAAAUAAGUUCUGGCGCCUCAUACAACGUGGCCUGCGACAGUGGGUUCGUGAUCUCUGGAUCGACAACAGUCACCUGUAUGAACGGCGAACUUUCCGCAUCUCCAACUUGUGUACCAGAAGUGAUUGUAGCACCUGAUAGUGAUUGUAGCACGCCCAUCAUUGAAAAAGGCACGGUAACACCGGAUUCGGAAAUAAGUUCUGGCGCCUCAUACAACGUGGCCUGCGACAGCGGGUUCGUGAUCUCUGGACAAAAUACCAUCACCUGCACCAACAGCGAGCUUUCUAUAUCCCCAAAGUGUCUACCAGCACCUGAUUGUAGCACGCCCAUCAUUGAAAAAGGCACGGUAACACCGGAUUCGAAAAUAAGUUCUGGCGCCUCAUACAACGUGGCCUGCGACAGCGGGUUUGUGAUCUCUGGAUCGACAACAGUCACCUGUAUAAACGGCGAACUUUCCGUAUCUCCAACUUGUGUACCAGAGUUGUGCAAAUCGGCGGAUCUGGCUAUAGAGAACGGAGUAAUGACCGUACACAACGGAGCUACAACGCCCUACGAGCAGGGAGAGAAGGUCAGCUACAAGUGCAAUGAUAGGUUCAAGUUGGUGGGGAACAGUGAGCUGACUUGUAACAACCGAGCGUGGAGUUAUGCCGCCCCUCUUUGCAAACCUGUUAACGCAAAGUGCCCGUCAUACGAAGUGAACAACGGCAAGGUCAUGGACGAAUCAUCCGGCCCAUUCCUUACUACUGAGAGCGUCAGUGCGAUAUGUGAUUACGGCUACAACCUGAACGGAACCAACCCCCGGGUAUGUGAGGAUGCAGGAUGGAAAACAGAUGCUCAAAAUUGCGUUUACAAAGAGGGAAGAUGUCCGCCACUAAAGCACUUGGUGCACGGAGGUCUCUCAUGUAAUGGAGGUGACAUUAAAAAUUCGUGCACUGUCUCAUGUGACCCAGGAUACAUUUAUCUGAGCGAAAUUAAGAAAGUGACCUGUCAAGAAGAUCUACGGUGGAGCCACCAGUCCUUUACCAACAGUCAGGGAAACUUUGCCGCAUGUGCUAAACAGGAGACCCCCAAGUCCCGUGUCUUAGAAGCAGAACUUUACCUGGACGUGAAUUACUGUAAGACAGAUCCAGAGAAAGCAGCUGUGGUUGCUGCCUUUGAAACUUACAUCCAUUCUGGUUCUGCGGCUGUGCCCUGUGUUACUGGUGCUAAAUGCACGGUACAAAAUACCAGCUGUAAGAAUAGUGAUGGAUCGAGUGUAGUGAGCUUUGAGCUUCUGCAGAAUGGAGACCUCUCUUCAGAAAACGCCUCCACUCUUACUUCCUCAGAUUCAAGGCUCAAAGAGCUUGUCAGCACCGAAGCCAUGACUUUUGAAGUAACAACAUCAAAGAAGAGAGCGACUACGAGAUUCACAGCUGAGGACGGCAGUUAUACCGGGAACGUAAAAACGGCUUGUGAGGCUGGGUUUGCUCAAAUCUCGGGUUCAUGCAUCACGUGUCCGGCGGGAUACCACAUCCCGGGGGUAUAUAUCUGUAACGCAUGUGCGGUGGGAACCUACAGUACGGCUCCCAACUCUGUGGGCUGUGAGAAGUGUACCGGUGGAUCCACUACUUAUGGUGAAGGUAGCACCAGCAGUGGCGAUUGUAAGGAACUCUGUAAGGUUCCUGGGGUGACACACGGCAGCAUGUCUCCUCCAACAGGAUAUAACGUAGAUCCCAACACACUCAUCAAGAUGACUUGCGACAAUGGGUCCGUUCUGCACACGGGAGAAGAGAAGUUUAAAUGUAGUACUGGCAUAGUUCCUACUUGCAAGGAGGAUGGAGAUAAAGUGAGUGAUGGUGGAGGCUCAACAACAGUGAUCAUAGUCGUGGUUGUGGUGGUCCUUGUCGUGCUAGCAGCUGUAGUGAUUGCUGCAUUCUUCAUCAGAAAGAGAUACUUGUACUCAUCUGACCAGAACCAUGCUGUGAGAAAAACAGACAACAGAGCACCCGUAUCAGAAACCGCAGAAACGCAGAACAUAUAGAUGUUAAUUUGCUGUCCUGAUCAAGGACCAAACCGGACAGAUUUUUUACUUUGUUUAACUGCAGAAACUUGUGUUUUUAAAAGAAGACAAGUUUCUAUUCUAAUUUAUUGAUUAUUAUAUUUAUUGAAAUAAACAUAUAAUAUUCAUUACUCCAGGAGUGAUGACCGACAGGAUAUAUAAAAAAAUUAAAAAAAUGAAACUUGUGUUUUUUAGUGUUUAUAGUUAUAAGUCGAUAAUUGGAUUUUUAUUAAGAUUUACUGCUUA